AUGGCCCCUGGACGUCUGGCGGCACGAGAGGAGCGCAAGCGGAAGAGGCGGGAGGCUGCAGAUGCCCGUCGAUCCGUCAAUGACGGCCUCCUCGCAUCGAUCCACGAGGCAGGCAGCUCGCUCUACGAGCUCGUCAUCCACACAUCCGACCCGAAGAACAAGAGGGGUGAUGCUCGGUGGCUGGGCCUUUUCGGGGGCCGCGCGGCGUCUGUCCGACAUAUUCUUGACAUGUGGACUGGUCGUGGGGCGACGCCGGCAGUCAAGGAGGAGGUGUCGGAUUGGGCCGUCGACCAUACAGUAGGCCUGGUUCGCGCAGAGGUGCGCGCUCUCAGUACGUCGGGGGUCUACCAUGGCUCCAAAGUCCCCAUCGACUCGCACUUCCUCGCGCGCUUCAAUCUAUCCCGAAUCCAUACGCACUUCACCUCUUUGGCGGGUGUAUCUCUACGAGUCUUCAAGGCAUUUGCGACGUCACCACGACACUUGAAGCCCGGCAUCUUGAGCGUCGCACGAGCAGCAAGAAAAACCCUCAUCGUGACGAACACAAUGUUGCAGCUCCUUGGGGAGUACAGCUACGCCAACAACCUCGGCAAGAAGGCCCUCGGCCUGUACCUGUAUGCGAGCGGAAGUCAACGACAGUCCAUCGAAGUCAUGUCCCACAUCGGCAUCUCCGAGAGCUAUUCCGGCAUCAUUGGCAAGGGCGGGGCACCUCGACAGUACACAACAAAGGGUGUUGAUGGCGCUGGUACACAAGUCAAGUCGUACUUCACGCGGCCUGGCACCCUUCGCACCCUUUCCGAGUCCAUGCGAGCAGCUGCGCGGGCCGUAGCGUCUACCGGCGUCUAUGCGACAGUUUAUGACAACAUCAACAUGGUCUUCCGUGCUGCUGAGCAAGUCGUAGGACGCACCGAUGCACAGGAAAACGGCACUUGCGCGACCAUCUGGCCUCUGCACAAUGCGGCUGCGGAGGAUAUGCGCGUUGACGAUUUGCAAAAAGCGUUUGAUUCGGCCGCUCCCCUUGCUCUCGACGAUAUCCUCCAUACUGUCAACGAGGCUGCGCUCUUCAGGGAUUGCCUUGUCCACACCAUCUUGCGCGUUGUUGUUGUGUACGGCGGCCCUGGCCUGAAAAAAUAUGCACAAGAUGUCAACGCGACGCAACCAAAGACUUCCCGCCAGAUAGCUGUCCACCAGACGCCCAUCCACCCUUUGCCUGCCAUGGAGAUCGACGAGUCAACAAUCCUCGGUAACGGCGAGGUGAUCGAAGCUACAAUCGAGGAGUUGCAGGUCAAGACGCAGGAGUGGUUUAACAAGCAGGUCCUUAUCUUUGCUGGAGACCAACUCUCGCAAGCACGUAUCCGCGCUCUUGUCAACAUCCGUGCGGGCCAGGAAGCAGGACUCGCUGGCUACUUUUGGGGCGCGUGGAUGCCCGGGCUUUUCCAUGGCAAGAUUGCCGAUGCGCACGGCUUGCUAUUCACCCACUUCGGAAAACCCAACAGCGGCGCGCGCAACCCGGGGAGCCUCUGGUUCCACAAUACACGCCUCCACCGUCUCCCCAUCACCCUCACAUCCCUGCCCAACUACCGAACCUGCCGCGACCUCAUCUUCGUCUCGCUUUACGCACGUAUCCUCCACUGCCUCCUGCUUGUCUCGGGGGCAGCCAGCCUCGACGAGUAUGUCCAGAACCUCAGUGGUUUUGCUCAGCUGAAGGCCGAUGCUGAGAAGGUCUUCGACGAGUACGCGAACACGCGCAAAGUCGACGAUUUGCGCUCGCGCCGCUACGCAGAGGCUACAGCGGCCGAGAACGCCGCAAUGCUUGCAGCUGCGGAGGCGGGUACUUCCUACGUUGCGUCCGAUGCGAGACCCCAACCUACGCAGGGUGAUAUGGUCUUCGAGAACGCCAUGCUCUUCAUGCGCGAUGCGCUGAUCUCGCGUGAAUAUACGGAUGCUAUCAAGGCCGGCGACUCCGGGCGCAUCUUGCUCGUGCUCAAAGCGUGGGCACUGAGCUUCCGUGGCAAUGGCCGGACCAAGUAUGCCCACGAAAUGUUGCACAUCAUUCACAACAUCGAGAAGGUCUGGCCACCUAGGCUUGCAAGGAUUAUCACAGACAACUGGCUCGUCAAUCCGACUGGCAAGAAGAAUGCCUUCGUUGAGGUGGACCUGAUGCAGGAGCAUCUCAAUUUCUGGAUUAAAAUUUUCUAUCGUGCCCAUGGCAGCAACUCAUCCUGGGAGUGGCUCGGAGUCGUAGCUCCCUGCGCAAACGUUCUCCGGCAGCUCGCCAAGACCAUGAACAGCGUCCUCGGUGCUCCAUCGCAGGGUACACGUCAUGCACCGGCUGACCUCUCGACCGACAUUGCCGAACUCAUGAAGAGCCUCGACGAGCACGACGUCUACCGUCUCACACCCGGCCGCGUUCUUGACGAUGACGACGAGCCUGCCAAAGACGUCAUUGGCGCUGGCCUGCAGAUGCUGACGGACAACACGACGAACCCCCUCGACGAAUACAAUGCCUCGUUCACACGCUUGCAGAGGCGCCGCCGCCGGAUCCCUUUGGUCGGCCAUCUACCACAGCAGCCCGUCACUGGCGCAGUGGCUACACCUUCGACCCCCGAGCCAAUGGACACCUCGGAAGCACUGCCUGGUCCGGGAACGGAUUCAGAUUCGGACACCACCGAGUCGGACACAGAGUUGGACUCGGAGGGCAGCGAGGCCGAGUUUGAGCGCGUCCUGGCCGAUGACGAGGAACCAACCCUUCAGGUCAUUGAGGAGGAAGAUGUUGCACUAGAUCUUGAUGACUUGGAUCUAGAGGAGGACGAUGAAGGCGAUGAGGAGGACGUGGAGGACGUGGAUGACGAGAUGGUCAGCGAAAUCGAUUAG